GGCCCGCCGGCUGGCGGGGGCGGAGCAAGAUGGCGGCCGUAACGGCGCUACCGGUCUCCCUCUCGGGCAGGUUUAAGGGAUCCUUUGCAUAUUUCAUAAUUAAAGACAAACUGCCCCGGAUCCUCACAAAAGCUAUCGAUACUCUGCACCGACAUAAAAAUGAAUUUUUUGAAGAAUAUGGUGAGAAGGGUGUUGAAGCAGAGAAGAGAGCGAUAUCUUUGCUUUCCAAACUGCGGAAUGAGCUGCAAACAGACAAACCAGUCACCCCACUGGAAGAUGAGCUGCCUGAUGCUCCACUUUGGAACCGGUACCUAGACUAUCAACGAAAUUUAUCAAAUGGAAACGGAGAACCGAGUUGGUUUCAGUCCCCCUGGUUAUAUGUAGAGUGUUACAUGUAUCGAAGAAUUCACGCAGCAGUAGCGCAGAACCCACCUAUUGACAGCUUUGACGUAUUUAAGGAAGGAAAGGCUCAAAACUUCUUUGAAUCCCAAGAGGCUAUUAUUGCCUUAUGCACUUACUUUCAGGAACUUCUCAAAAACAUCAAGGAUCUAGAUGAAAAGCAACUUCGAGAAGAACUUUUUAAGCUAUUGCAGGUGUCAUUGUGGGGCAACAAGUGUGAUCUUUCUUUUUCAGCUGGUGAAGACACAUCUCAGAAAGCCAGUCCUUUACAGUCCCUGGAAAACAUGAUACCUUACAUCUUAGUGAAUGAUAUGGAAAAAAUUUGGUCACUACUUGUAAGUGCCAAAAACAGAAAUAUAGAAAAAAGUAAGUUUAGAGUUGACAUAAUCCUGGAUAAUGCUGGAUUUGAACUUGUGUGUGAUCUUGUGUUGGCUGACUUCCUGGUAUCAACAAAGCUGGCCAAUGAAGUCCAUUUUCAUGGAAAAAGUAUUCCAUGGUAUGUGUCAGAUACCACAAAACAUGAUUUUAACUGGACUAUUAAACAACUGCAGUCAGGUAAUCAUCUGUGGAUGUCUAGAUGUGGGAUAAACUGGGAGGGCAAUUUGAAACAGGGAAUUUGGGUUUACCAUGAUCACAUGUUUUGGACUUUGCCACAUGAUUUUGCCAGUAUGGCUGAAGUUGCUCCUGACUUGUAUGCUGACCUACAGAAGUCAGACAUGCUUCUGUUCAAGGGUGAUCUAAACUAUAGGAAACUAACAGGAGAUAAAAAGUGGGAAUGUAGUGUUCCAUUUCAUCAAGCCUUGAACAAGUUUCAUCCUGCGCCUCUCUGUAGUUUGAGAACACUGAAAUCUGAUACUCAGGUUGGUCUGCAACCUGGACAAGGUGAACAAAUUCAGGCUUCUGACCCUGAAUGGAUGACAAGUGGAAAAUAUGGGAUAGUGCAGUUUGAUGCUGGUCUCUAGUUACGUGGUUCCUGAUCUUCUAAAAAAAGAUUAUCUGAAUAUUUACUUUCUCUUGUUCCAUGCUUGGCUCCAGCAAAGGUUCUUUUAUUUGUUUGCACUUCUUUUUCCCCCUGAGUGAUUUGUUUGGUCUGUUCCACAAAAGACUUCAAUGUUGUGCAAAAGUUUACAGUUUGUGUAUACAUAAAUCACUCUGCAUUUCAAUAUAUUUUGUUUUCCUAAUGUUCAAUGUCAACAGAUGUAUAAGGUGAACAUUUAGUUGUCAAUAAUAUUCAUCAGUGGGUGUGAGAGUUUAUGGCCAACAACUAAAAAAUCUGCUUCAGAAACCAUUUCCUUAAUCUCCUACUAGUGUGUUUGUACUUGUUUCAGGAUAAUUUGUGCUCCACAUGCCGUGCAUUGCAUGAAAGUUAAUAUUUUAGAAAAUGCACAAAUUACUUCCAGAUAGAUUCUUUGCAGCCUAUUGCAAGAUCAUAUUUUAAAACUGUUGAAAACAGACUUGGCUUCUAGCAUGAUUUUGUUAGGGAAAUUGUUUUUUUUAAUGGUUUCUUGUGUUUGUGGACAAAUGCAAGGGACAAAUACUUGGGUGAUAUCUUGUAAAUAUUAGUUUAGAUUUUGGAAAUGAAAUUUCAGUAUUAAAAGACAAGUGGAUGUUGCUAGCCAGUUUGCCUAGUUGUCCCAUUCAGUAGGAAGGAGAGAAUGGGAUAAAGAACAAUGUCAUUUUAAGAAUAUGGAAGUUAUUGUUUGUCUAAGAACCUCUACCAAAAAAAGCACACCAAAGCCGCACAAAACUGAACCAACCAAGCAGCCCAACCAGUUAUGUUAAUUGGAUUUUAGAUUUAAUACAGAUUUGAAUUAAAGGUGGCCUGCCAGCAGUAUUUGUGGUUCAAGCAUUACUGCCUCUUGCCGUCAUGAUACUUCUCUUUGUCAAUUGUAUUUAUUUCUAUAAGAAGGAUGCCAUGCUUUUUUUAUGGGGGAAAUAAAACCCCAGUUGCACUGAGGAGUAUAUGCUGGAGAAGCAUAAGCCAUAAAGUUUGCUGCUAACUGGAGCUGUUGGAUGCCUGUUUCUUCUCUUCUACCCUGCUCUCAGAUUACUAAUUUUUUUUGAAAAUUCAAGGAUAUUUUAGUGGUUUUUCAAGGUGAAGUGAAAUAAAAGCUGAAAUGCAUUAUCCAUUUGUAAGAGGAGAAAAUAAAAAGAGUGUCUGUCAAGUCUUAAAGUAGUUUUGUGUCUAGAAAUAGGGGCUUUGACAGGGGACUGGUAUAAUGCCAGUGACAGCCAGCAGUUUGUUAGAAGAAUAUUUGUAGAUUGUGACUGGUUUAUGCUCUUGUCUAGAGCUGCUAAAAUGAAGAACUUAUCCCUGGUAGCCAGCAUGGCUGUUUAUAGAGAGCAGGAGUCAAGUUGUCCAUGUUCAUGCAUCUCACACAGUGAAAAGGAGGGUACAGAAAUGGCCUUAUUUGAGUGUGUUCUGGAAGCAGUGCUGCGACAAGGGAAUUAGCAUGACAGUGUGGUAGAGUGUGGAUUAAGAGACUUCUGUGUUUAUGGUUAAUCUAAGGCAAGGGUAAGAUUUGUCAGGCGUAAAAAAGUGGGAGGGGGGAAGAUGGGUCAGUAUUUCAUACUGUGGAUAUUUCAUACAGUGUUCAUACUGUGGAUAUAUAAGCUCCAACUGCUACAGACUCUUGGUUUUCUUGUAUCUGAAUGUAUAUUAAUAUUUUAAAGUGUUACGGUCAAGUAUUCCAAAAUUAAGAUGCUAGGAAUUUCAAGAGGCAAUGUGAUAUUGUAUGUAGGGUUCUACUUGUGAGACCUGAGUUUACUAUUCUCAUCUCCUUUGUAUCUCUGGCUUCUCAGUCCUGAAAGAUGAAUUCAUGGUCAUCUUUAGGCACUUGAUGAAACUAUACAUAUGAGAAAUCCAGUCAAGAGAGCUGAAAGAGCACCAUCUUUGGUGCUUUGACCCAAUGCAUAAAUGACAGGGUGAAUCAGCACUGGAGCAUUAGGUUUGUCAUCUGUGAAAGUGCUGUUAACUCGUUUCAAAUGCACUUGGAAGGAAUAACUUUGAGCCAAGAACAGGGGGAUUGAAGUUGUGGAAUAUGUGCAAUUUAAGGUCCUGCCCUGUUUGAAGAGGCAGAAUGAUAUUGGGGAAGAAAUCUGCUUUAUCUUUAGACAGGUUGUAAGGUGCUGAGUUAAUUUGCUGGAGAGGUUUAAAAGUGUGGAAUAGACAAGAAAAAAAAAGGAUUCUUUAACUUUUGAGGCCACACUUGAAGAACACACCUAGCAUGUUACAUUCACAGGGAAGCUUGUUUUCAUUUUACACUGGUUGUUAAGAUGUCUCUGAGUGCCCAGGUUGCUUUCAAAUUGUUAUUUCUAGUAACUCAAAAUGCAGAUCAGUGGAAAUAUUCUGAACUUAUGAUAAAUAGAAUCCUACAAAAUGCUAAAUCACACAGGAGAUGCAGCAGUAUUCAUUGAUAUUGCUGAAUCAUCUCAUUGGAGAUUGUUACAUCAAUGCUUGUGAGAAAGAAAGGUGGUGAUUAUGUGAGUACCAUAAGGCAUGUAGUUCUUAGAUGAACAUUUGAAUGGUGUUACAAGAUGUUCUAUUUAUCAGUUCUGUUUUUAUUAGUUCUGUUCCAGUUUAUUGAGAACUUUUCACUAGUUGCCCCUCACAAAGACACAUUUAUAUAGAAAUAGACAGUGUAACUAUAGUUAUGUGAGGAAUGCACAGCUGUAACAUCCAAUUGCUUAAUUGCUUGACUCUUAUAGCUGUAAUUGCAAAGUGCUAUCUAUAGACAGGGCUGAACAUGCAGCAUACUUUUCUGUUAGUUGACUGAUUGUCUAUAUUUUUGUAAACUUGGGAUUGAGUUUAUAAAAAAAUGAGUACAUGGUGCUAUAGUGCCAGUGUUACGUGUUCCUAUGCCACAAAGAAGUAGUGAAGAUGGGUGCUCUGAUGAGGCAUUGUGUACUCUGCUGUUGGGUUAGCUACAGUUUAGUUGAAAAUAGGAGAUGCUUUUGUAGAUAUUCAGUGUUAGUUGUGUAAUACAGUUUCAUGAAAUUGCAGCAUGGGCCUAUUGCAGUUAGGUGAAACUUACUGGUACACAAUGUAAAGCAUAGGUUAUAAUAGCAUAUGUUACAAUUAUUUUUUUUUCUUGAAUAUUCAAGAAAAAAAUCUGUAUAUCUUCUACAACUGAUUGCCCAAAAUGCUUGUAUGGUGUAACUCAGGAACUAAUAUUUGUAUAUCCAAAGUACUGAGAUUAUAAUUUCAUGUGCCAUUCAUUUGAAUAUUUAUGGCAAAAACAAGGGCAUUUUUAGUAAUUCUGAAGACCACUGCAGACCAACAUCUUUUGACUUCUGUUUUUUGUCCUGCCUUUUUAGCAGUUGCAUUUGUAAAUGAGUUUUUGAGUGAUAACUGUCACUUCCAUUUGUGAUGGAACAAAAGGAAAAGUGAGGUCACAGACAGUGAAAGCCAGUGCAUGCAUCUAUCUAAAUACUUGCUUAGGUAAGAUAUGUGAAAUAAAUCUAUAUGUAUAUAAGAAUUCUUAAAAUAAUUUUUUGUGGGAAAUUAAGUUUGUUGUGUGACUGAAAACUGUUGCAAGAAUACUGAAAUAAAUUAUAUAAUUUUGUGCAAAAGUUAAAUGUAAUUUCUAUUGCACUAUUUUAUAUACCAUAUAAAUAGUGUAAUAUAGUAUAGUAAACUAUACAGCUAUAUAUAUAAUUAUAGUAUUUCAAUGUCUAGGAAAGCCAAUUUAAAAUAAUUUAUUUUCAUUUGAUUUCUGGAGCUUUUUUCCUCUGAAACAAAUUUUAUACAAAAAUAUAUAAAACCUGUUUAUCCCAUGAGGAUUUGAAAGAUGCAGAUGUAGGGGAUGGGUAAUACAAAACAUUCUUCUUCUCUAACGCUACCCUGUCUUGAUAAAGUUUGUGCCUUGCUACUGUAUCAAUAUUCUUGUUCAAAUUUCUAAACCUUAAAAGGCAUUGAGUAUCUCUUUAAAUUAUUCUGGUAAUUACUUAUUGGUGCAACUGGCCAUGUCAUUGUCUGGAUUACUUCUCAAGAUGAUAGGUGUUCUACAUGUUCUCAGCAAAAAUGGAAUUAUUUGUGUUACACUUGCUGCGACUAAAAUAUUUCCAGAUGGAUUUGGUUUAAACACCUAAAUGUUGUCUCACAAACCUUAAUUAGUCCUUUAAUAUUCAUAGUGUGUUUGAAUUAAUGGUUGAACUACUUAAUUACUUGUUUCAUGUGAAGCACAUUUAUCUCUUGUAUUCUGUCAUAUAGCACAGGAGAAAUGUUCACUCUGUUGCAUGAAAAUUACCACAUGAAAUGUUUUUAAUCUGAAAAAAGUAUAUAUAUUUAAAUACAAAAUUCCAAAAUGGAAUUUUCUAUGGAGGUGUAAGGAUUUUUCAUUAAACAGUUUGUUUGCUUACAAGCCUUCUGUUUACUCAAAAUUAAAGAACAAAUGUUUAAGAUUAUUUUUAUUGAAUGCAAAAAUGUAAAUUGAAAAUCACCUAAGACUUGCCUAAGGAUUUUAAAAUAAAAUUGUGAAAAUGUU